ACCUCAAGCAUCAUCGUAUCUCAGCCAUCUAUCCCACCCACCAGCUGGCGCACAUCAGGCCCUCUCUCCCUCACCCACACAGCCUUCGACCAUGUCUCUACUAGGACGAAAAUACGCGGCGCCAGUCGCCCGACCAAUGCUUCCUUUCUUCGCUGCCGGCCUCAUUAUCCUUUACGGCGUCAAUGGAUUCGCGAACGUUAUGAUGGAAACCCCUGAGUUCAAGAACGAUCCCCGCAACCCAACCGCGAAGCCGCUCAAGCCUGAGGAGAAGCAUUAAACACAGGAGAAGGUUCCUUUCUUCUUAAUGUUCGUCUGGAGGGGAUAAUCCGUUUGACAGUGGCGAUUAAGAUAACCGGGCGGGAAUAAAUGCUUUGCAUAUGUACAUUGAAUAGAGAUGGAUUGAACGUCCAAUAAAUUCCCUUUAUUU